AUGAUGAAGUCUGGACCACUAGACAGAAGAAUGCAAGACAACAAAUUGAUGAUCACCAGUAGGAAUUUGAGUGUCUCAGGGCCUCUAGAUGGGAAAGUUCAAGAAAGGUUGAUGAUGUACCCCAAUAGGAGCCCAAUGAAGUCUGGUCCAUUGGAUAGAAGAUACAAAGACAGUGCUGUUUAUCCAAACAGAAUCAAUAAAUCUGGACCAUUAGAUGGAAAGGGCUUCAGCCCAAGGCUUAAUCACUACCAUCAAGACAUUAUACCAGCUGAUGAUGGGGUUCUCUACUCGCAAUGGUCUUUAAUGUUUCAAGAUAUGAAGCCCACUUGA